AUGUACAUCUUUCUAUAUCUUGUCUACAGGUAAUGUGAGGCUGGUUGGGUGGUAAUAAUUCCUGUGCUGGUAGGGUGGAGGUUUAUUAUAAAAAAGAGUGGGGAACUGUGUGUGAUGAUUACUGGGGUCUGGCAAACACUGCAGUCGUGUGUAAAGAGCUGGGCUGCGGUGAUACUUCAAAUAUAAUGCAUGUUGCUUACUUUGGACCAGGAUCAGGAAAAAUAUGGAUGGAUAAUGUGCGAUGUAGAGGGUUGGAAUCCUCAAUAUUCAAAUGCCCAAAAGCAGCAAUGGGUAGCCAUAACUGUAAGCAUAAUGAAGAUGUUGGAGUUAUUUGCUCAGGCAUCAGACUGGUUGGAGGUUCUCGCUGCUCUGGGAGAUUAGAGGUGCCUCAUGGGAAUACAUGGCACACAGUGUGUGAUGCUGUCUUUGACCAGCAGGAUGCAGAGGUUGUGUGUAGAGAGCUGGACUGUGGGGCUCCUGUACAGGUGCUGGGAGCAGCUGCUUUUUACAAAGGAGACACUCAGAUGUGGACACAAGAGAUUCAGUGCAGAGGAAAUGAAUAUCAGUUUGCUUUCUGUCCAGUAUCACCUUCACACAGCAAUUGUUCCCAUAACUAUAAUACGAGAGUGGUGUGUGCUGAAUCAUUAAGAUUAGCAGGUGGUGGCAGUUCCUGUGCUGGUAGAGUGGAGGUUCUUCAUGAUGGUCAGUGGGGAACAGUAGCUGAUCUUGGCUGGGAUUUGGAUGAAGCUGCAGUGGUGUGUAGAGAGCUGGGCUGUGGAGAGGCUGUAGCUGCACCUAAGCGUGCCCACUUUGGCCAGGGGAAAGGACUAGUCUGGAUUAUUAAUGUGAUGUGUACUGGAGAAGAAUCUGCACUGAAGGACUGUGGAUCACAUAACUGGGGAAAACAUACGGCUAAUCAUGCUGAUGAUGCUGGGGUCAUCUGCUCUGGUGUCAGGCUGGUUGGAGGUUCUCGCUGCUCUGGGAGAUUAGAGGUACUUCAUGCGAACACAAGACUUUCAGUGUGUAGCGCCGCCUUUGACCAGCAGGAUGCAGAGGUUGUGUGUAGAGAGCUGGACUGUGGGGCUCCUGUACAGGUGCUGGGAGCAGCUGCUUUUGGUAAAGGAGACAUUCAGAUGUGGACACAAGAGAUUCAGUGCAGAGGAGAUGAAUCUUACAUAUCUGUCUGUCCAACAUCUUCUCUCAAACAUAACUGUACCCAUAAAAAUGCUGUAGGACUGUCAUGUUCUGGUAAAAGUAUUUUUCAACUUAAUAUUAAAAUGUAAACUAUCUUUUGCUUACUAA